UGGCCUCAGUGCUCACCGAGCAUCGGUUCAAGAAAGGUGGCAAUUUUUCCCGUCAGUGCGUGGGUCUCAGUUCGAGUGUUUUUUUUUCCACCCCUAACGUUUUAGAUCCUGUGUUCUGUCUGACUGCGCCUAGCGGAGAGAAGGCCCCACAUCCGCCUACUGUGUGAAAAAUUGUGUAGGUGCAGUGCGGAAAAUUCGCGGGUGAUGAGUUAUUUUGGCAGUGCUUAUUCCGGUGGCAGAUUUGAAUAUAUAUUUUAGCGGGCGUUGAGUCUCAAGGCUUCUCGCGUGGCCGUCGGACACGUGCCCUCUUUCGUCGGCACCGGGGGAGGCCGUAGAAUUUGUGUAGACACAGGUGCAGUUCGAAGUGCAAAAUACGGUAAUUGUUUUAAGAUAAACAUUUGAGAAUGUGAGCAUUCGGGCAGUGUUGAGGCAAUAAAAAAACAAGUAAAACGGCGAUAAAGUUGUACGCUCGAGAUUGGGGCAUUGUCGCGCUCUGAUAGUAGCAAACCCUGAUGGUGAAGUUGGCCUCUAGUCUACCGCUUGGAUGGUCAUUUUUGACGCAGUAUGAUGAAGUGUUGAUGAUGAUGAUGAUGAUGAUGAUGAUGAUGAUGACGGAUAUUAUAAAGAUAAUGUGGCUGCCAACCGUCAGGAAGUGAAACCGGAAACAUCACCUGUGUAGUAAUUGUAGUAGUAAUGCGUACCGAAAAGUGUCAACAGUGGUUUGUGCUGCGGAGCAAGUGAAAUUUUGGCAGAUUAUUCUGUUUUAUUUUUUCUUUAUUUCGUCUCUGUCACCAAAACCAAACAGAAAAGCAGAGAAACCGUUUGCCCGGGAUACAGCGCGAUGGAAGUGUGUUGCUUGAAAAUGGCAUCCAGAUGCAGGCCAACAAGACCAAUCAAGGAUAUCACGCAGUUGUCGACGGCUGGUUCGUCCCAUGACUGCGGUUCCUUGUCCCGGGUAGUGAUGGUCAGGAAAACCGACCAACGUGUGAUCAACCACAAGGGCGCGAGUCGUAAGGACCCACAAUGCGAGGUCAUCACGAUGGAAACCAUUCAGACGUACAAAGGCCACAAACCGGACCGGACCGUGGUGUUCAAGGAGAAGUUUGAUCUCAGUGGAAACGAUAUGAGCAAAUCGUUGUCCACCAGCAAAUUGAUGGGAUCACCACGGCUUUCCAUCAGCCCCCUGCGAACGGUGCUCACCACGACGACCGAGUUGGAACAGGAAGGUAAAAGUGAUCGGAAUAAUAAUAGCACCAGUACGGUGUCGUUGGUUAAGGAUCUACAGACCCGUCACAAGUCGUUGGAUAGAGGAAACAAUAACAACAACGGUUACAACCAGAACAGCAACGGUUACAUUUCAACCACUCCGAAAGCAGCCAGAUUCUCCAAGAGUCAAUCGAUCAGUAGUUUACGGCACAAGUCACCGUCCCUGUCGGCAUCGCAAACUUCGUUGCGUCGUUCGUUGUUUUCGGAUUUUGAAUUGGAGUGUCUCAAAGCGCAUAACGAGUACCGGACAAAACACGGCGUGUUGCCUCUCAAGUUGAACAAGCGGCUGUGCCGAUACGCGGAGGAAUGGGCCAAAGUUAUUGCGGCACGGGGAGUUUUGGUUCACCGGAGCAAUUCCCAGUAUGGGGAAAACAUUUUCUGCUCCUGGAGUUCACCCAAUGCCAAUGUGGCUGUUCCCGGUAAGGAACCGGUCGAGAAUUGGUACAGCGAAGAGUCAACGCACGUGUAUGGCAAAGAACCGGCCACUCUCAAGACUGGACACUUCACGCAGGUCGUCUGGAAAGACAGUCGAGAAUUGGGUGUUGGGUUGGCUAGCAACAGAUCCGGUCAAGUUUUCGUUGUAGCCAAUUACGACCCACCAGGGAAUUACAUUGGCAGUUUUGCGAAGAACGUUCCGCCACCGGGUGGAUUCGAAGUACCAAAGAUAAUUAUAGAUAAGACAAAUGGCGUCGGCUCGAAAACCGGGACCCCGAAACUGGAGAAACACGUUCGGAUAGUGGAUGAAAAUGAUCCAGAUCAGUUCGACGAGUUUUCCCAAGCGAUGCUGCGACAUCAUAAUGAGUAUCGCCGCAAACACGGGGCUCCCAAUCUAGUUUUACACAAGGAACUGGUCCGGGAUGCUCAACAGUGGGCGGAAAUUCUGGCACGUGAUGACCGAUUCACCUACCGUCAGAACUCCCGCUAUGGCGAAAAUCUGUACUGUCUGUGGUCUUCCGAUCGGCAUGCCAAACCAAAUCCGAAGGACGUGUGCCAUUCGUGGUACGAGGAAGUUAAACAGUACGCCUUCAACGUCGAACCGCGGGGCAUCAUCAAGGGCGGCCAGUUUACCCAGAUGGUCUGGAAGGGUACCAAAGAGCUCGGCGUGGGAGUCGGUCAAACAAAAAGCGGCAAGGUUAUAGUCGUUUGUACGUAUUAUCCUCGGGGUAACGUUUUGGGACAAUUUUUAACAAAUGUUCAAAAGAGAGCUGCCUAGGCUAGCUUCCAGAAGUUGUUGUUGGUUUGAACACAGAACGGCAAUCCCAUUUAAUCAACAGGUCACAAGUAAAGCCUUACAUACAUACAUACAUACUUACAAAAAAAAUGAAACGAUCCUUCCUCCAAAUGAACGAUCCUCAUUAUUAUUAUGAUAUUCAUGUAUUUAGAUUUGAUACUUAACAUAAUACCACACCAAAAGCCUAAUACUUAAUCCCCAUAUUUCGGGUAGAUAGCAAUCAGAAAAAUAAGUAACCAAAGUAACCUGAGAAGAGAUGCCUUCGCCUGAAUGUUUCUCCGUUUUUCCUUACAUACACACCUUCGGCUACCCGUAGCAACAGUUACUGAUAAGCACAACGCAUAAACACAAUUCCAAAAGCCGGCACACACUGAAUUCAUUUUCCGAGAGAAUAACAAGCAAAGAGAGAAAGAGAACUAGUGAGCAUAUUUUUCUACCGACUGGCUUUUUAUACCAUUUAACGUAGCUUUUGAAAGCUUUGCUAUAAAAUCUCAUAUAUAAAAGUCACAGCGCACGGCGAGUAACGUUCGCUAAUGGUAUGCAACCUUGUAUACAAUAAUUCCGCCCAAGCUUUUGAAUAUUGGCAUAACUAGAGUACCUUUUUCCCCUCACUUCCUAUUAAUUUUUUUUACCAUAUUAAUGAGAAAUGAACAAAUUGAUAGUAUUAAACGGCACAAAGUUGGAGAGAAAGAAUCGCACAUUUAAUCAAAGAUUGUUCAAACGUUUGACUAUGCAAUAACGCGUCGGAGUGAAGGUCUAGAGUUAAGUUAAUUCAUUGCCAUAAUUUUUUGUGUCAUUCAAGUAAAUUCCACAAAUAACUUAACACAAGUUUCAAAUUAAAGUUCUUUCACGAUUCAAA